AGUGUGAAGUAUAUAAGUGUGAGGGCACCCUCAAUUCAAUAGCUAGCUUUCGGGGUUGAGUUCUACCAAAACCAUGUAACACACACGUGAACUAAUUUAACUAAUUUGUCAAAAACAAGUACUCUAAAGAAUACAGUCCAUUGAAGAUUCAAACAAAAAGCUGCAUUUCAGCACAAUGAAAGGUCAACCAUCAAACUUCAGCCAGAGAAAGUGCUUCACAUAGAAAACCAGCAAGAGAAUGAGACGAAUUCAUUCUGUUAAUUUAUGUUGGGCACAAGUUUUACAUGUAAAUACGUAAAAUUAUACAGAGAAACGAAAAGAAAAACAGCAACAGACAUCAAGAACUUUGAAAAUGAUCAACAAGAACGCACUACAAAUAAACUACUCAUAAAAGGACCCUCAAAAGGUCAGAGAACAUGAACCAUCCAAUUUCAUAUAAUGUAAGUGGACAUUUUGAGUUUAACAAAUUAUCAGCGGUUAAGAUCCUGAGAAGGGGGGCUCUCUAACAGUAUAAAUACCAAGGAGAUGCCAGGUAGUUAUUAUAGCGUUCACAACUCAAAGCUUGAACCACCCUUCUGUUAUUCUUGUCAGACAAUAACAGGAUUACUCAACCCUUUCCUUCUCUACUCAUGGCCAGUUCCCAACCCACUUUUGUCUGUGCCAUGCUUCUCAUACUUAUUGCCUGCAAUGGCACUCUAUUUACUGAGGGACGAAAACUAAAGUCCAAAGGAUUUGAAGAACCAGUUGAAGCAUAUAAAGAUGAUUUUAGACCAACAACGCCAGGUAGCAGCCCUGGUGUUGGUCAUCCUCAAACUCUGGGAUCUGAUGAAUCAGUUGCAGAAUACAAAGAUGAUUUUAGAUCUACAACACCUGGUAGCGGCCCUGGGGUUGGUCAUUCUUUUGAAACAAAGAAAGAUGAUGUUCAGAGUGACACACAAAGUAAAGGUACUGGUGUCAGCCAUUCCAUGGGAGGAAAUGAAAAUGAUUUCCGACCGACAGGACCUGGCCACAGCCCUGGUGUUGGCCAUGCUUUCAAACCACAAACGUAGAGAGAAGCCCAUAAUCAGCUUGGAGUUCAUUGCAACUUGCAUGUACAAAGAAUAAUGUCCAUCAGGCCCAAAAUGAGUGCGUAUAUGUAUUUCAACUUUCUAAGGUUUAUAGUGAACAGUCCUAGUAUGUAUGUUGGACCACCCAUGUAGUGAUAUCAAAUAUAGCUUGUUGUUCAAACUACAAA